AUGGAUGCUCACGAGACACUAUACCCUCCACUUGCGACAAUCACUCCAGAUGAUCACAGAGGAGUAGCCUGGGUCAUCAGCAUCAUCUGUCUUUCCCACAUCUAUCUCACCCUGGCGCUGCGACUCUCCGUUCGAUGGCGGAGAUUUCAGCUCGACGACUAUGCAUUAGUUGUCGCCUGCGUCUUGGUGCUCUGCCAGAGUAGUUUGGUCUUUGGUGCCGUGGGAAUGGGAAUGGGUUGGUCUGGUGCUGCAGGUGCUGGAGAUGGACGGAUUGCAACUACGUGGCGUCUAUUUCUGGCCAGUGAGGCAUUCUUCAUCAUCGCCAUGUUCGUGGCCAAGGUAGCAGUGCUUUUGACCGUGCAGAGCUUAUUGGCACGAGACAUGAUUGUCCGAUUUGUCUUUCGCUCGACUUUGGCCGCAUUUGUGCUCUUGGGCUUCUCUGCACUCCUCGUCGUUACCGUCGGCUGCGGUUUUGACAAUCUCGUAUCGAAUGAUGGUACUUGUGAUCAGGGGCAUCGCUGGAUUGCCAUCGCCACUUUGGACGCCGUCUCGGAACUUUGGACAUUUUCUCUCUUUGGCUGGGUCGUAUGGUCCCUUCAAAUGAAGCUCAAGUACAAAAUCACCGCCACAGCCAUGGUCGGUCUACGACUAUUCUGCAUAGCAUUCGCAGGCGUCCACGCCCACUACAUGCACAACUACCAACACGCCUCAGCGCCCUCGGUAGAAAUCAUCAAACCCCUCGUCUGGCAAAAUCUCUCUCUGACCUGGUCUCUCCUCUCCGCCAUGGCCGUCGCUCUCAAACCUUUUCUCAAAGACUUCCACACGGGAAUGGGAAUGGAUUUGGGCUAUGUGACGGAAAGCCAUUAUGGGAGUGGUGGAAGCAGGAAAUUGGGGAAACAGGGAUAUAUUAUGCAGAAUUUAUCGCCGGAUAGAAGUAAAGAUUCGCAGGCGCAGGGGGAGGGGGAGGGGAUUGAGGGGGGGGUAUGGUAA